AUGACUCGCAACGGCCACGAUGGCGGUAGCCAAUCCAUCCAGGGUGAGCAGGCUGACAGCAACCACGGCGAUGGCAGCCAGCUUUUCCAACCAGAGCAACCUGUCCAACAAGAUAAACUUGCUGUCAACGGACCUGAUAUUGCAGAGUUCGACUUCUCAACUCUUCGUCAACACCCUGCCUUGACCAUUGAGAAGACUGAAGACAACUUUCAGAUGAUCAUCGACCUCGAUUUUUCCCAGUCGGAGUCGCUCUCGGAUAUUAAAGCUUUUUUAGAUGCUCUUAUGGAAUACGCUGCGGUCAUCUACGACGUCAAGAUUCUCAUCAAGGCACCCAAACAGCAUCACAAUGUCGUGACAUGCAACGGUAGACUUGCUACAGUCGCCACAGUCAUAUCCGUCUUGAACAGCUUCAAUCUCACAAAAGUGGAGGUCAUCGCCCGUCUGGACGACCACUAUAGUUUUAAGCAACUCGGCCUUACUAUCGCCGCAUAUCAGCUGAAACUUAGCAGUUGGACCCUGGCAUACGAGGUUUUGGGUCUCCAUGGCAAGUGGGUUAUCCCUGUAGACAGCGAGGAUGAAUUAAGACUUCGUGGUCGUUAUAGAAACGUUUUCUUAAAGGAAAAUUAA